UGUGCUUGGGCACCACCAUAAAAAUCGAAAUGUCAAAUUCAAUUUUAUGAGGUCUGGUCAAAUAGUUAGUAAGUAUUUCAAUGAUGUCCUUAAGGCUGUGCUUCGACUGCAAGGUGUCUUACUAAAGACACCUGAGCCAAUAACUGCUGGGUGCACAGAUGAUAGGUGGAGGUGGUUUCAGAAUUGUCUUGGUGCACUUGAUGGCACCUAUGUUAGAGUGCUAGCUCCUGCAGUAGAUAAAGCAAGGUAUAGAUCAAGAAAGGGUGAAAUUGCGACUAAUGUCUUGGGUGUUUGCUCCCAUGACAUGCAGUUCAUAUAUGUCUUACCUGGAUGGGAAGGUUCCGCUUCAGAUUCUAGAGUACUUAGAGAUGCCAUAAGUAGACCAAAUGGGUUGAGAGUGCCAACGGGUUCUUACUAUCUAGUUGAUGUGGGCUAUACUAAUGGGGAGGGCUUUUUAGCACCUUAUAGAGGACAACGUUACCACUUGUCCACUUGGAGGGAAGGGGGUGCCCCAACUAAUGCAGAGGAGUUCUUCAAUAUGAAGCACUCCGCGGCUCGUAACAUAAUAGAGAGAUGUUUUGGUCUUCUGAAGCUUAGAUGGGCAAUAUUGAGAACAUAUUCCUAUUUUCCAAUCAAGACCCAAUGUCGAAUUAUCACAGCUUGUUGUCUUCUACACAAUCUCAUCAAACGUGAGAUGCCUAUGGAUCCAUUGGAGGUAGACUUAGAUGACACAUUGCCAAAUAAUCAAGAAACAGGGAACGAGUACAUUGACACAAUUGAGGGAUCUGACCAAUGGAGUAAUUUGAGGGACACUCUAGCUAACCAAAUGUAUAAUGAGUGGUUAGCUAAUAGGAUGUAAAAUUAAGUACUAUUUUCAUUGGAUGUAAUGUUUUUUAAUACUUAUGUUGUGUAGUGAGUUGGAGACUUGUAACUUAAUAGGAUGAUGUAGACAUGUAACUUAUUUUAUGUUUCAGUUAUUUGUUGAAGACAUAACUUAAUAGGAGUGUUUGUUUGGUUGUCUUAAUAAAAUUAUUGUUCUGUUAAAAAUGGUUGCA